CCAUCAUUGUUCACGUACAUAACGGUUCAAUUAUGUAAUCUAUGCGGAUCCUGUCAGAGUGAUUUUAGCUAGGCCUACUUUUCAAAGUAUUGCUUUAAAUGCGCUCGGACGAAUAAAGUGGUCACGAGGGGCACCAGCGCUGGGCGCUCCUGCGCAGUGUUCAGUAACGAAAUCUUUACCCGACUGUGCUGUGCAUUAAGGUAUCCUAUAGCUUGACAUUUUAAUUCUCGGCAUGCCGGUGUUCGGCUAACUCGCGGAUUAAUUUGUACGUCACAGGCACGACAGAUGCCCGGUUAAUUUAGGCCUAACCUGGGCAUAACUUUGGAUGGAUUUGGAGGUUAACAUUAUUUUUGCGUGCAUUUAUUUCGGUCUCUGACUAAGACUUAAUCAGACAGCCUCAUGACUGAGUGUGCUGUGUGUUCCUCCCUUAGAAAAAACAGUUGCACGGAUCAAACAGCAGGUAGCAGGAACCAGGCGCCCGAAGCAGUCCGUUAACUGGACGGUCUUCAUCUCCCGGAGACGCUCUGGCAUGUAGACACUGUAACUAACAUUUCAACGAUGAUGUGUUUACUGUCUGGAUAUCAGGUACAUAGGCGACCGUUUUUAUAUGUUGUAGGACACUAAACUUGCGUACCGGGAUCCACGAGAAGGCUGUAUUUCAGCAGUGUCUUAGAAGCCGUUUACGAAAAGGGUGUCAUUUUGACUAUUACAGUACAAUAUAUAUAUUUGAACAUAUCACUUAAAUUGGGAUUAAUAUAUUGCACCAUGCCCUACCUUGCGAUAGUUUGAGACCAAUUCUCUGGCGAAGCAUUUCACCUUGCAGAUGAAAGGUCGAUGGAUCAAUUGCAGGAGAAACAAAGCAGCACAGUACCAGCAAGAGCCUCUGGACAACCUGGGCAAAAUGCUUUUCCAGGAACUACAGCCCGGGACACCACUAUCACUAGUCCCAUUGGGGGGUCGGGAAAAUUCCCAGGACCGGGUACGGGUCAGGUCUCUGGGUUUCGUGACAUGCCAGACCAAGUGAAGCCCGAGCAGACACAGCCUGCAGUUCCAUUUAAUAUCAGCCGUCCCAGACCCACCCCGCUGGGCUCCUCCAGAUGUUCCGAGGCUGACAUGAAGGAGAAGGCCUCUAUACCAAAUCGCAUCCCGGGACCACACAGCCCGAUCUGCCUGUCCCAGUCCCCCACCGAUUCGCCCCAGUUGACCCGCAGCCCUCAGAGUCCUCACAGCCCUCAGCCGUACCUCAUUCCCCAGCCCAGCCUGCCCCAGCCCAGCCUGCCCCAGCCCAGCCUGCCCCAGCCCAGCCUCACCCCACCAUCCAGCCUCAGCCCCAAACCAAGCGCCACACCUGGGUUGGGAGCCAGUCCACGGAGGACUGGCUGUCCAGGGGGCGCUAUGGAGAACCAGCCACAGGCUGACAGGACUGAAGGUGAAACGGAUGACGGGUUCAGGGUGCACAUUGUGACAUGGAAUGUGGGCUCUGCUGUUCCCCCUGAUGACAUCACCUCUCUGUUUGGGCCGCAUGCUGGAGAUGGGAGCAUAGACAUGUUUAUCAUUGGGCUACAGGAAGUGAACUCCAUGCUGAACAAGCGGCUGAAGGAUGCUCUCUUCACUGACCAGUGGAGUGAGCUCUGCAUGGACACGCUCAGUCGUUUUGGAUAUGUGUUGGUGGCUUCUCAGCGUAUGCAGGGGGUCCUGUUGUUGGUGUUUUCUAAAUUCUGCCAUCUUCCAUUCCUGCGGGAGGUGCAGACAGAAAAAACCCGCACGGGUCUCGGGGGCUACUGGGGUAAUAAAGGGGGCGUAAGUGCCAGAAUGAUGUUGUUCGGCCAUCCGGUGUGUUUCCUCAACUGCCACCUGCCGGCUCACAUGCGGAACCUCGAGCAGCGAAUGGAGGACUUCGAGAGCAUCCUGCAGCAACAGCAGUUUGAGGGCGUGACCGCUUCUGGCGUUCUGGAUCAUGACGUGGUCUUCUGGUUUGGGGAUCUUAACUUCCGCAUCGAGGAUUAUGACAUUCAUGUGGUUAAGAGUGCUAUUGACAGCAAUAAGCUCCCUUUGCUCUGGGAGAGAGACCAGCUCAACAUAGCCAAAAACAGUGAGUCCAUCUUAGAUGGCUUCUUAGAAGGCCCUCUCAAAUUCCCCCCCACAUAUAAGUUUGAUGUUGGAACCCACACAUACGACACCAGCAGUAAAAAGCGAAAGCCAGCGUGGACAGACCGAAUCCUGUGGCGUCUGCGCUGUACGGGCUCCCCUGUUCCAACCCACAAUGCCGCUCUGCAACGCGGCCUGACAUCGUGGCUGGGUGGGGCAACCAAAGUGGUGCAACAGUCUUACCGCAGUCACAUGGGAUACACCUGUAGCGAUCACAAGCCUGUCUCUGCUGUCUUCUCAUUACAUUUCCCAUUUAAAGUGGACCUUCCCCUUGUUACCUUGGACUAUGAGAAGGAGUGGACCAAAGUUUCUGACGCCACAGUCAGAUUCACUGUGAGGUCCAGCUUCCAGCGCAGCUCAUGGGACUGGGUUGCAAUAUACAAGGUUGGGUUCAAACAUUACAAGGACUAUGUAGCAUAUUUGUGGGCCAAGGUAGAUCACGGGUCCCAGGUGACAUUUGCAGAGGAGGAUUUACCCCGGGAAGCCGGGGAAUACAUUCUGGGUUUCUACAGCAACAACAUGAACACUAUCAUUGGAGUGACAUCACCCUUUCAGAUCCGUGUCCCUGCGCGCAGCCCGAUGGCCUCCACAGCCUGCGGUGAGGCCGGGGACAGCUCCGACGUCAGCUCAGAGGACGACAGCACGUUGGUCCUGCUGGCCCCAGCCAGCUCCCGAAGCCCAAGCCCGGGAAAAAGCAAACGGCGCCACCGCCGCAGCCGUAGCCCUGCUCACCCCAACACCCCCAUCCCCUCCCUGCAGGGACUCAGCCUGCACCCUCGUUCUCUAGACGGGCUCCAAAGCAGCCGCCUGCCCUGCUCGGUUGCUAAGAAGGAGCGCCUGGUCUCACCGCAGGACACCCUGACUUCUCCCAUCAGCCCGCUCACCCCCCGCAGCCCUUUGUCCCCCGGCAGUGGGGUCUCAGCUCCAGAGGCUCUGAUCGCCGCCAUCCUGGGGGAGCACAGUCCAGCUCAGGUCCCCCCCACAGGGGGGAGGUUACCAGGCAAGUCUGGGGAGACAGGCUUAUGAGGGUCCCAUGGAGUCUUGAGGGAUACACAGACACUGAGAGAAGACUGUUGAAACGAAGCCAGUAAAAACCACGAUGAGGGAACAGUGAGCUGAUAUGGUCGUUUAUUUUAAUGAUCUGACCCCACACUGUCACGGCGCUCAUAAAAGCAGUGCUUUAUGUUACUUGUAGUUUGCAACAUUCCACGUGGUAGUCAGUCAGUUGUCUGUGUUUCUUAAUCUAAUUAUCCGUGACUUCAGACAGAGAUGCAGUCGCUGUGAAGUUGCACCGUCUUCACAUUCUGCUGCCUUAAAAUUAAAUUAAAAUUAACCUAUUAAAUGGAGAUCUAUAUAACCCACUGCACAUCUUUUAAGUGAAAGAAAAAUUACAAAGAAAUGAAAACAGAAUGUAUUGACUGCGUAUGUCUUCAUCACACCCUAGAAAUCAUUUUUGGUGGAAUCAUCUUUGACAGCCAUUAUUGAGAUAAUAUGGAGUAAUAUUCUAUAUAUAUAUAUAAUAUAAGAUAUUAUUUUAUUUCAUUUUAUUUUUUUGCUGAAGGAAUUGUGGUUUGCAUUCAAACCCAUGCUGCCACAGUAUAUGUGUACCAGAAGCAGUGCUGGACCACCCUUCAACCAAGGCCAUAUAUAUGAGAGAGUCCCAUCUAAAUUAUAUUUGUAUCCCAGGAUGAAGGACAAUGAUUUGUUUGCAACAAGGCUGUUAGGUAAUACUGCAAGACAACAAGAAAACUGGAAAUCUGAUGCUUGUAUGGAUUUCUCUUCACUGAGACAGUUACAUAAAUAUUUAUGCCAAAGACAAACUAUAAUGUCUUUGAAAAAGGUACUGAUGUUUACUGAGAGAUUCAGUUUCAGGCCUGAGACCAAAUUAGAAAAGUGUCAUCUUUCAAUGAUUCCUAAACAAAUUUACUGAGCUUGAACAAUUUGACAAGAACAAUGGAUGUUUUCUUGACUGUGCUAAAAAUUAACAGCAGCAAUGGCUAUCAAAGGUGCUUCUACUGAAGAUGAACACUGGGAUGUAAAGAUAUAAUCAAUUCAUCUUUGUUGAAAAUAAUAUAAUAUAGUUAAAUUUUUUUCAUUACUUUGUACUUUAAAAUUCUAUCACUUUGAAAAUGUGGAUAUAUACUUGGAAAAUGAGCAAUAUAAGGCGGUAAAAUGAAAAGACUGCAAAUGGGUGUGUAGAGGGGCACAAUCUAUUGAACAGCUUAUAUACUAUGGAGUCAGGGGCUACUGUAGUCUAACUCCCUAACAGUCUGUCUUACCCCAAAAAGUGCUUUACAGACUCAUAUCAACACUGUAUGUACAGACUAAAUGUAAAACCAAAGCAAGAGUAAAUCUGCAAUGUACAGUAUGAUUGUUUUCCUAAGUUAAAAGAAUGUCUAUGAAUGUGUCCUAACCAUCUGGCUCAGGAUCACUUGGUGUGGUAUGAUAUCCAUCCUUCCAUAUCCCCAAGCUCCAACUGAUAUUAAAAUGAUCUGUUUCUCAAUCUCCCUGUUUUGUGUAGCAAUGUACAUGUUUGAGAAAAAAAGAAGAGUAUAUUUUCAGAGAGAUAAUGCUUUCAAAGGUCUUUUGUUUAGGUUGUGGAGAAUAUAUAAUGGUGUGAGAAAAAUAAAAUGAGCAACCUGACAAAAGA